GGCACUGGAGAGAGAAUCCGUGGGGCCGGACGCCUGGGUCCCUAGGGGGCAGCCAUCCGGGGCCGCACGCCUAGGUCCUCGAGGAUAAUGGGGGCGCAUGCCCGGGCCCCUGCAGGAAGCGAGGACUGAAGGGGACCAGGGAACUGGUGUCUGGGUUCUCGCAGGGAUAUGGGAGCCGAACGCCUGGGUUCUCCCGUGCAGGCUGCGAUGCAGGAGCGGAGGAAGGAGGAGCAGGUGGCCAGCCCUGAGGGAUCGUAUUUGGGAAGGCUGGACGUUGGGAGGGGUGCCCCGCAGACUCGUGCCGAGCCAAUAGAAAGGGUCUUCAAGAAGUCAAGCCCUAACUGCAAGCUCACUGUGUACUUGGGCAAGCGGGACUUUGUAGACCACCUGGAUAAAGUGGACCCUGUAGAUGGUGUGGUGCUUGUGGACCCUGACUACUUGAAGGACCGCAAAGUGUUUGUGACCCUCACCUGCGCUUUCCGCUAUGGCCGUGAAGACCUGGAUGUGCUGGGCUUGUCCUUCCGCAAAGACCUCUUCAUCGCCACCUACCAGGCCUUCCCCCCAAUGCCCAACCCACCCCGGCCCCCGACCCGCCUGCAGGACCGGCUGCUGAGGAAGCUGGGCCAGCAUGCCCACCCCUUUUUUUUCACAAUACCCCAGAAUCUGCCUUGCUCUGUCACCCUGCAGCCAGGCCCAGAGGACACAGGGAAGGCCUGCGGGGUAGAUUUUGAGAUUCGAGCCUUCUGUGCCAAAUCACUAGAAGAGAAAAGCCACAAAAGGAACUCUGUGCGGCUGGUGAUCCGAAAGGUGCAGUUUGCCCCUGAGAAACCCGGCCCCCAGCCUUCAGCUGAAACCACACGCCACUUCCUCAUGUCUGACCGGUCCCUGCACCUCGAGGCGUCCCUGGACAAGGAGCUGUACUACCACGGGGAGCCCCUCAACGUCAAUGUCCACGUCACCAACAACUCCACCAAGACCGUCAAGAAGAUCAAAGUCUCUGUGAGACAGUACGCCGACAUCUGCCUCUUCAGCACCGCCCAGUACAAGUGUCCUGUGGCUCAAAUUGAACAAGAUGACCAGGUAUCCCCCAGUUCCACGUUCUGUAAGGUGUACACCAUAACCCCGCUGCUCAGCGACAACCGGGAGAAGCGCGGCCUCGCCCUGGAUGGGAAGCUCAAACACGAGGACACCAACCUGGCUUCCAGCACCAUAGUGAAGGAGGGUGCCAACAAGGAGGUGCUGGGAAUCCUGGUGUCCUACAGGGUCAAGGUGAAGCUGGUGGUGUCUCGAGGCGGGGAUGUCUCCGUGGAGCUGCCUUUUGUUCUUAUGCACCCCAAGCCCCAUGACCACAUCAUCACCCUCCCCAGACCCCAGUCAGCCGCUCCUGAAACAGAUGUCCCUGUGGAUACCAACCUCAUUGAAUUUGAUACCAACUAUGCCACGGAUGAUGACAUUGUGUUUGAGGACUUUGCCCGGCUUCGGCUGAAGGGGAUGAAGGACGAGGACUAUGACGACCAGUUCUGCUAGGAGGGGGGCUGGAAGGGAGUGGAUGGUGCUGGGAGAGGUAGGGGCAGGCCCAAGAUCCCCACUCUUGUUGUGGGGGAUCCCAGCCUAUCUUCCCUUCCUCUCCUUCCAGCAACUUCCUGAACCAACCCCUUCCUGCCUUCUCCCAUCCCCUCAAAUACGCACUGGACCCAUCUCCUGUUGAAAGCGGGCAUUAACUCCUUGGCUAUAGCUGCACCUCCCCAACCUCCCAAUGGGUGGGAAGCUGUGUUUGUACCUAAAUGUUUUGGAAGCGGAGACACUGAAAAGAGUGAUAGUUGGGAAAGGGGCAAGAAAGAACUCCCACGUUCCACCUUCUAUCCCUACCUCCUGUCACUCUCUUGCCUCCCAUUCCAUUCAAGAUGAGACCCGUUGGGGGGCUGGGCCAUUUCUUUGUUUCUGAGCAUAAAGAAGAAAAUAAACCUUUUAAUAGGCAUGA